CUUUUAUCAUUUCUUCUCUUGAUGAUAUCCACCUCAAAUGGAUGCCUACUUUUUCCUCUGCUCUCUUUUCAUUACCAUCUUCAUCCUUUGAUUUGUACCCCCAUAGCUUACUGUAAUGAUGAUGAUGAUGUUGAUCAGAAGUAUCUGACAUGCAAGAGCACCUACAAUUGUGGAAUCUUAAAAGACAUAGGCUACCCUUUUUGGGGCAAUGGCAGGCCCCAAUUCUGUGGCCACCAAGGUUUUGAACUCCUUUGUGAAGAAGGGCAGUACUCCACAAUGCAUAUUGGUGGACAGAAGUAUCAAGUACUGAAUAUAAGUCAUUCAACUGCCGCGAUAAUGACCAUAGUUCCUAUAGGGAUAUGGGGACAAGAUGCUUGUCCUGAGAAAUUCAUCAAUGUCUCCUUGAGCCAAAGCCUUUUCACGUUUGCUCCAUCUGCUCGGAACCUCUACUUCUUCUACGGUUGCCCUCCACAAAUAGAUAACAUGCUUGUUCGGAACAUAUUUAACUGCACCAUUGAUGGCGGUUGGCAGUGUUGGAGAAAUAGGGUAGAAAAUCUGCAAAUGGCUUCAAGGCGUGCUGCAAAUGCCACUUUUCUUUAGGCUAAUUUUGCCCCCAUCAGAUCUGAGAUACAAAAGGGGUAACCCGAAAUGCCUGUAGGAGACAAUGAAGUGCCUUGUUGAUU